CUGCUCGUCCCGCUCGGAAAUCGGUAGCGCCGCCUGCGACUUCGUUUUCCCGACUUCGCGACGUCACUUCCCCGUUAAACGUGGCCGCUUCGCGUCAAAGGAGUGGCAUUCAAGCGAGCGUCGUGAGCUGUCAAGCUGUCGGCCCUGAAUAAUCCGAGAGUGCUAGCGGAGGCUUCAGUUGACCGUAGCAGCUGAUCGUUUAAAUGACUCGGUGGAGCGACUGUUGAACACGCGUUAAUCAAGUUACCGCUGUUAACGUAGACCGCCGGUUUUAGCUCUGUCAAUAAUUCGUAUAAGUACGCGAGAAAAACAUGUCGUCCUCGGGCGAUUUCGGCAACCCGUUGCGGAAGUUUAAACUCGUCUUUCUCGGCGAGCAGAGCGUUGGGAAGACGUCACUUAUUACACGGUUUAUGUAUGACAGCUUUGACAAUACAUACCAGGCUACGAUAGGUAUAGACUUUUUAAGCAAAACUAUGUAUCUCGAAGACAGAACUGUGAGAUUACAGCUAUGGGACACAGCGGGGCAAGAACGAUUCCGUUCUUUGAUACCUAGUUACAUCAGAGAUUCGACAGUUGCGGUCGUUGUUUACGAUAUUACCAACGCCAACUCGUUUCACCAAACAUCAAAGUGGAUAGACGAUGUGCGGACUGAAAGAGGAAGUGAUGUGAUAAUUAUGCUAGUGGGCAAUAAAACAGAUUUGAGUGAUAAGAGGCAAGUUUCGACGGAAGAAGGCGAGCGAAAAGCGAAGGAACUCAAUGUGAUGUUUAUCGAAACUAGUGCUAAGGCCGGCUACAAUGUUAAACAACUAUUUAGAAGAGUAGCAGCGGCUUUGCCGGGUAUGGACUCCACCGAAAAUAAGCCACCCGAAGACAUGCAAGAGGUAGUGCUCAAGGACACGCCAAUCGAACUGAAAGCUUCGGAGAGCAGUUGUGCAUGCUAAUUCGUCGCCGGCCUGUAUGGUAGCAGGGUAUCGAAUCGAAUCGAAUCGAAAGGGCCCUCUGAUAAGCUCUGAAUAGGAUCCGCUCUGGAGCGAUUUGAGGACCCUUUUCGAAAAGUAUAAACUGAUUUUCUAAGAAAAUUCCUAAGAAAAUGAUCGAUUUUUUUCGAUAGUCAUUGUAAGUAAAUAAUAAAGUAUUCAUAUUAAUAGUUAAUAUCGAUAUAUUAUUAUUUGCUCAAAAAUAUUUUGCUUUCCUUUUUCGGAAAAGUCGACCUUUUUUUGAAUAAAUUUUCUUAGGAAGUGCAUAUUGUUAUUAACACAUUAACAUCAAUAUUAAUUUAUUAAUUUACUUCGAUGUGACUCGAGGAAAUAAUAUUUCUGUUUCCGUUCGAUGCCCUGGUUGGUAGACAAGACACUGAGCUAUGAGCUAAGUUAACUUGUAAGUUAAUAACUUAGAAUGUUAGGAUACAUUUGGCCUGUGCUCUCCGCGGUAUAUAUCGGUAUACCUCUGGAAAGCCACGUGCACUUAGCAGCAACGAUUCUUAUUAAAACGAGAAAAAAUAUAAUUUCACACAUAGCUUAAGACUGCUUUUACACAAUGACGUGUUUUUGUAUAUUAGCCGAUCGUGAAAAGGGAUUAUUAUCCCUUUUCGGCUUUGAUGUGAGAAUUACGUUCUUGAUCAAAAAUAUGAGGCACCUUUCGCAAUAUGAUUUGUUUGGCAUAAUUUUUUUCUUUUUGGUUUUAUCGAAAUUUUUCCGCCAUCUAAGAAUUGCAGCUAAAAGAAUUAAUACGACGUUUAUUAAAGUCCCAAAAUUCACCUAAUCUUAUUUCGCUUGUUAAUAUUGACCGUUUAAUAUUGUAUAUUAUUUUUCUACGCGUAUAACUAAAUAUACAUUGAUAGUUGCUCAAAUUCACACUGAAAAAGAGAUCGAGAAACCGCAUUUUCCGUGUUCUUAUUUAUCACAUUUCCUAAAAAUGAGAUAUUAAGUGUUGCAUGUGCAAUAAAUGAAAAGCAACUGCAUUUGCAUUUAGCAUUUAACAAAAAAAUGCCUUAAUUUCGGAAUUACGAAUGUAGAGUAAAUACAUAUGUAAAUAUAGCUGAGAUGAUUAAAACUAAAUUUUUCAACAAUGCUAAAUCAAGUCCUGAUGGAUAAUCAUACAUAGACUUCUCGCUUUAUCUGAUGCGCUGUAAGGAUAAAAAUAUAACUGAAACAUAAUAUGUUAUUGCUGAGCAAAUUCCAAAUAUGUAGAUACUGAUUGACGAAAAUAAGAAUAAGACAAGACUAAAAAAAAAAAUAUUUAAAAGAAAUUUUUCUACGAAAUUUGUGGAUAAUUAAUUAGCAGCUAUCUCUUUUUUACAAAUAUUUUAAGAGCACAUAAACACAAAUAAAAAAAAACCCUAUAUAGUUCGGGACUUAUAUUCGGUGAAUCAAAAUAUUCUAUUCCUUUUUGUGGAAAUAUUAUUUAUACGUGAUUUUUUUAAUUGGCAUUGUAUAGUUUAUAAUGGAAAGGAAAUAUUCUGUCAAAACUUGCAUAUAGUAAGCGAAAUAUGAAUUGUGAAUAAAGAAAAGAUCUUUGCUUGUCGGUGAGCUGACUGUUUUAAUAUCUCUUUUGUUGACUUACUUGUCUAUUAUUGUGCUGUUCUAAUUUAUGUAAAAAAUUUGAACUACCGAUGAUAUAAAGAAAGAAGAAUUUGGCAAAACUA